AUGUCGUUGGUUCAGGACCAGAUUCGACAACUCGACAUCCAGGUUGAUCGAUUCCAGCUAGCAGGUGGAAGAGAUAUCGCAGCACUUGUCGCCUCAGCCGAGAAUAUCACCGAAGCAUCCCAAAGGGAUGUCUCCUAUCGAUUAAGCACACUGAAGGCCGUCUCCCGAGCUCUGUCGACAAACACCUCGUCGCCUCUUCUUAGGCGCAGAAAGGUCAAAGAACUUCUAACGCAAGCGCGGCAUGGCGAUGCAGUCGAGUCGACUUCUUCCGGGGUCCCCAGUCAGGAGGCAGAUCUGGAAUGGCUAGUAGUGGCCAAAGCUGCAGUGCAGGUGUAUGGCAUGAUCUUGACAACCUUGUUGGAGCAGACAAUUCCAUUGAGUGAUGAGAUGUGGUAUUGGGACAAAGUCUUGGGGUCUUAUGUCAACACGGCUAUCUACACAAUACAGACUGCACCUCUUCAGUUAUGGGCACAAGCUAAAGACAUAUACGCCGAUACGAAGGAGAAAUAUAGGUCGAGGAGAGGCCUUCAAGCAUCCUCGGAGGAAGCUUCACAGACGAUAUCAGAGGGAUGGCGGCAGUUCUACAGUUUGGUCCAGGAGAGUGUCAAGGUUCGUUCUCUGAAUCAAGCUCGAACCAGAAUCCUGUCGCCUUUUGCACUCCGCAGAACUGAAGCACGCAAAAAGCAAAAUGGUCUCCGGCGCUUACGUGAAAUGAACUCCACUGGUAUAGGACUCCUUAUUGAUGAAGGCCUCUCGUUUUCUGUGCCAGAUGAUUAUUCCAUGGGGCUCAAAGCUGAGGAAAGUCCGAAGCUGACUCAGGACGAAUGGCGCAGCAUCGUUGCAAAGUCCAUUUCUUUGAUGGAAAGUGUACUCAGAAAUGUCAAUACCCUUGACUCUGGUGUUGCUGAGUUCGAAGAGGGAGUCUUUACCAGUGUCGAGGAAGAUCCUGAGAUUGUCUCAACGUCGAGUGAAAGUAACGGAGGGUUGAUAAGAGCUGGUCAACUGAUAGACAGGCUGCUGGUCAUUCUGAAUGAGCAUCUGCCAGGACAAGAACAAAGAUCCUCGGCAUUGACGAGAGAUUACGCCCGGCCAAAUCGUUUCAUCCGAUACUGGCCGGUAGGCAUGUUCCUCAUUGUGUUUGGUAGCACCAUUUUACGUUUCCUUGCGAACAGAAGGGCGGUAAUCAAGACAUGGAUUCAGGAGUUCGGUGUUACAGUGGUCGACUUCUGGACUAACUGGAUCAUUGAUCCCGUCAAGAAACUGAUCGGUACCAUUAGGCAUGAUGAAGGAAGCGAGGUGGCAAUCAUGAGUAAGGACAGUCUCAAAGCCGACAGGGAAAGCUUGGAGCGUAUGGUAGUGGACUUCGCUAUCGACCAUCCAGACGAAACAGGCAGGACGUACACAGAGUUGGAGAUCGAGACCAUCAGAACCAAAGUGAAGGAAGGUGAUCUGACUCCUGUGCUGAAGGCUUAUGAACGAGAUCUACGGAAGCCUUUCGUGGGAACAGUCCGAGGUGAUCUGGUCAGAGCUCUCCUCAUUCAGGUUCAAAAAACCAAAGUCGAUGUUGAAAUUGCCAUAGGUGGCAUUGAUUCUCUCUUGAAGAGUCAGGAGCUUGUUUUUGGCUUGGUGGGCUUGACUCCAGGGCUUUUGAUUUCGUUUGCAGCGUUCAGUUGGCUCGGUGGCGUCUUCGGUAAUAGAAAAGGCCUGAGGCAGAACAGAAAACAAGGGGAAACGAUCAGAGUCCUCAGGAACAUCGAUCGAGUCCUGGCCACUUCGUUGCCAACCGAGAACGGAAUGCUUUCGUACAAAGAUCAUGGACUUUUGUUGUGCGAGGUUCAUGUGCUGAGGCAGCGCGCUGCUGCAGUCCUACCUGGCGAUAUCCACCGAGAGUUUUUGGAAGAUUUGAGUGAUUUGAUAGACAUCAGAUACGGUGUGCAACGGCAAACGAAGGUGGUGGAGAGAAUUCAAUGGGCAUAUGCAAAAUGGUUGCGAUGA